AUGCCUAGUCCGUUGAGAUCAUUGCUUGGUUCGAUCAGGAAGAAGCCGACUCAAGCCAGUGAUGGCCGGUCUGCAGAGGCGGCAAGUGGCUUGAAGAACAACCAGAAAACUGCAAUCAUGAGCGAUCUCACGGGUUUGGGUGUCAAGAAUGCCAAAUUCGCGCUAGAAGCCGUAACUACUUUGGCAUCCGGAGAGCCUCUUGACGAUAAGGAUCUCUUGCUCGAGCAGGGCGUGGAAAUGCUUCAGGGCUUGCCACCAAACAGUGGUCUCAGCUCCAAGAUAUCCGAUGGCUUUAUUGCCAUGCUUUGGAACGAUCUUCCACAUCCAACGCCAACACAUGCAGGACCUUCAGCACGAUACAGGAAACACGACGGCUCUGGAAAUAACCCACACAAUCCAGACAUGGGCAAAGCUGGAUCGCCCUAUGCGCGUAAUGUGCCUCCUUCCAAGCCGAAAGGUCCUAAUCUGCCCGACGUGGAAGACGUAUACGAAGCCCUCUUGAAGCGCAACGGUUCAUUUCGCCCUCAUCCGUCAGGACUGAACAGGCUAUUCUUUUCUUUCGCAACCAUUGUCAUUCACGAAUGUUUCCAGACCUCCAGAACCAAUCCUUGGAUUAACGAGACCUCUAGUUACGUCGACCUCAGUACUCUGUAUGGAAACACAGAGGUAGAGCAGAAGCGUGUACGAACAUAUCGUAAUGGGUUGAUCUACAAUGACUCCAUUGCAUCGGAUCGCAUCAUGAUGAUGCCUCCCGGCGUUGUUGCAGUGCUUCUUAUGUUCUCAAGAAACCACAACCAUGUUGCCGAGUCACUGUUCUCUGUAAACGAGGAUGGCAAGUACAAGCCUUGGGAUACCUUGAACGAGAAGGAAAGGCAAUGGCAAGACGAAGACAUCUUCCAGAUCACACGCAACAUCAAUGUGGGCUUCUUCGCUUCUGUGGUUCUCCACGAUUACGUGGCAGCCAUUCUGAACACUCCUCGUGCCAACUCUGAAUGGUCUCUAGAUCUUGGCAAGGAGAUCAAAAAAGGUGGUGUACGCGUCGAGCGCGGGACUGGGAGUCACGUUUCCGUGGAGUUUGCUGUGCUCUACCACUGGCAUGCCGCAUUAAGUGCAGCAGACGACCGCUGGAUGGAGGACAUCAUCCGGUCUGUAAAGCCCGAGAUCACCAAUAUUGAUGAUGUCACCAUCGAGACCUUCCAUGAAGUCAUGAUGCACUAUGGCCAUCAAAUGAAGGAGCAGCUGCCGCAACAUUGGACCUUUGGUGGUCUUAAACGUGAUGCCGAUGGCAAGUUUCGUGACGAAGAGCUCGCAGAGCUCAUCAAGUCUUGCACGGAAGAGCCUGCUCAUGCUUUUGGUGCUCACGGCACGCCGGCCAGCUUGAAAGUUGUUGAUCUCAUGGGCCAACUACAAGCCCGAGAGGUGUUCAACGUUUGUACCCUCAACGAGUUCCGCAGGUAUCUGAACCUGAAGCCCUAUGAGACGUUCGAGGAUUGGUGCUCAGACAAAGAGACUGCAAGAUCAGCUGAACUGCUCUAUGGUCACAUCGAGAACAUGGAACUCUACCCUGGUCUGAUGGCCGAGUGCACUAAGCCAGCCAUGCCAGGCAGCGGAGUGUGUCCAGGUCAGACUACCGGACGAGGCAUUUUGGAUGACGCAGUCGCACUUGUUCGUGGCGACCGCUUCCUCAGCUACGAUUUCAAUAGUAACACUUUGACUCAAUGGGGGGCGGCAUUACUCGCAGACACGGUGCCCGGCGCAUACGGAGGCGUCUUCCCCAAAUUACUCUUCCAAGGUCUUCCUGGUGGAUUCACUGGCACUUCGCCCUAUGUUCUCCUUCCCUUCUAUACCCCUGAAGCAGCCAAAGGCAUCCUCACGGGCAACAAAGUUCUCGACAAGUAUGACCUGAAACGCCCUGCCAACGAUAAUGACAUCAUCAGUGUGCGUACCCAAGAAGGUUGCAAAGCCGUCUUCGAAGACCGCGAAAGCUUCGCUGUGAUGUAUCAAGCCGCCAUUCGCAACUGCACCGCUGGCCAUGACUUCAUGAUAGGAUGGGACGAGCAAAAGAAGCACGACGAGCGCUCUAAGAUCCUGCAUAAAGUCUUUUUCGAGGAAGGAUUUGAAGCAAACGUCACUUCUUUCUUCAGCAGCAACGUGGCGAAACUUAUCAAGAAGAACAGUCUCAAGGGCGCAAAGGGCCGCAUGAGCAUCGAUAUCGUUCGCGAUGUCACCAACAUCACGCCCAUUCUCUGGCUCGCAGACCGCUUUGCCCUACCUCUCAAGACUCAGGAGCAACCCCGUGGCUUGUUGUCGAUUUACGAGGCAUUUACCGCAUACCUUGUACUUUUCAUGUACCAAUCUUUCAACAUCCUGCCCCAAAACGAAUGGAAACUCCGCGAGGGCGCCAUGAAAGCGGCCGCACCCCUACGCUCCAUCUUUGAAACGCACCUGAAGACGCAAACAGGCGCCAUGGAAGGCCUAGUCGACUGGAUGGCCAAAGGCAGCACCUUCGAAGUCGGCCCCCACGCAGAUCGCAUCUACAAGGCGCUUGCGGAGACCAAGCUCCCCAUGGGCGAUAAUGUGGGUGACUGCAUUGGCAUGGGCGCGCCAGUGGCCGGCAACCUCACACAGCAGGCCAGUCUGUUAAUCGACCUAUACCUCAAGCCCGAGUACGAGCAGUACAAGAACCGCAUCAUCCAACUCGCACACAUGGAUCCCGCCGUCUCCGACCGAGAACUCCAAGGUUUCGUGUACGAAGGCAUGCGACACGUUGGCGUAGUCCCUGGCCUCCCUCGUGUCGCCACGCGCGACGUCACUGUGCAAGACGGCGUGCGGGGCCCUGUCUCUGUUAAAAAGGGCCACACGAUUCUCGUGGCUACGUCGAUUGCCGCCAUGGAUCCCGUAGCGUUUCCCAACCCGGAGAUCUUAGACCCGCACCGCUCGUUCAAGGACUACACGCUACUCGGUCACGGAUUGCACUUUUGCUUUGGCGCGCGACUCGUCGGGCCAUCUCUUGCAGCUACGCUGCGCGAGGUCUUCAAGCUGAAGAACGUACGGCGUGCGCCCGGGAAGCAGGGCCGGUUUACGACGACGGAGCACAAGUUGGCGGGCAUCACGAUGCGGCAUUAUCUCGAUGCUAAUGCCAAGGAGAGUCCGAUUCCGACCAGUUUGAGACUUCACUAUGAUGCAGAUGAUGUGGGCGUUAAUGGCGGUGUAAAUAGCGUGCCCCAUGCGUAUGAGAAUGGAAAUGCGAAUGCCGGGGGCGACAAUGCUUAUGGGAAUGCGUAUACGAUUGCGCCGUAG